AUGGACUCCAAACCGAUGCAGCCAAAGUUCCGCAAUCUUGAAGUCUUCGGGUCGUGGGAUGGCGAAUUUGAGGGACCAGUAAGACUCAAGAUCUCUCUGGAAGUUGAAUCUGCACCCGACACAGAGCUGCGGCUACUGGAUACCAAAUCUUCGGCCAUCUUCCUCAAAACUGUUUCAGCGCGUCUUUUAUCUGAUGAAUCGAACGACAGCAGCUCUUUAUUCACAUUUUCCACUCCGGAUUCUGGUAAAUUGAAAGGAGCCCGCCGAGUUUCAGCAGAGAGACUUCCCAACAGUGAAGAAGCCUUUUCGGUGUUACAAGAUGGUCCUCCUCUUCCAAGCCGCUCCCUCAUGAAAGAUAUUACAACUUGUCGAGACACAAGUCCUGCAGAUAUUUCUAGUGCAGAGAAAUUCUCCAGUCUGUGUAUCAACGUCGCGGAGUACGACGACCUGACCAAGUCACCACAACUGGUGAAAAGAAGUGCUGCAGACGCAUGCUUCACGGAUUCCGGAUCGGACAGCGCACCAACGCACAAAAGACAUGACUCCAGCAAUGACACGCAGAAAACUCUGACUCUCGGCUCUAUUUCGACAACCGCAGAAGAGAAUAUCAAGUCUGCGAAACUUAUCGGUCUCGAGGCCUGGUUGGAGACAGCAACACAACAGCCUGGGGAUAGGCCCUUGGAUGAAGGAAUCGCUAGUACAGGGGAUGGCGAGCCAUAUCUAGAGGAGAAAACCCCGGAUGGUUACGAGACUGAGGCAGAUGGUGCGACUGGCAGCGAAGAGGUCUGUCGUCAAUCCACUAGUGUGGCUGGGUCAUCGAAUGCGCCCCUGAGAGAAGAGUCCCCGACAAUGGAAAGGCUUUACAACAGUAGCCCGGUGCCCCGAACUCACACUCCUUGUGACCAAGAGGGCAGCCCUAGUGGCUUGUCAGCAUCACCUGGUCUUGGUUUGGGGAUUACUGGGGAUCUAAAUGACGAUUUGAACGCACGUCCGUCGAGUCCCUAUCCCUCGCUCCUGUUCAGUACGCCGGACCCCUCUAAUUCCAAGCCCGAGACCUGGGAAAACCAUUAUCUGAUCGAGGAGACAAACAGAAACGAUAAUGAGAUUGAGAUUCAACCACUCAUAGAGUUCUCUUGGAGCGACCCAAAAUUGACUCUCUCCAAUGGGGAUCUCAUCAUGAAAUUUUCCACCAAAACCCGGCAGGCCACUUACAAGAUAGAGGUCAACUUGACCGUUUAUGUGGAUGAUGACUAUGCCAAAGGAUGGAGCACAAUAUUGCUACCUGGGCUCCCAUAUCUACAGGCCGAAGAGACUGGGUCUUUCCUCUUUCGUCUUCCGGAAGAUCGUGGCCUCGAGUUCCGUACAGCAGACAAGCGGCGGUGUAUGGAGGUGGAGAAUUGCUUCUUUGCUGAAUUCAUCAACACCGGGUACCUUGCCGUUUCAAUGCGCGUAUGUGGUCGAAGAUUUUACGGCUUUCUCAAGCACAUUGUCUUGGAUCAAGAAAUCAUCUCCCGUCAUGCGGUAGCUAAAUCUGGGGCAGAAAACGAUGGAUCGAUCAACUACUAUGCCAUGUGCUCGCUGAGAUCCAACCGACGCUAUAUCUGCUCUGAGAAGUGCGGCUUUUCCUUCUACGUGGACGGAGGCCCAGAUGGAUUUUUCAUUUGCAAACUUGAACAUCAGAAGACAAGGCUGCAGAUGAUUGAAAUCCCCCGUGGCGACUCCGCCUCCGUUGGUAUUUCUCGGGUCCAAGUCAUCUGCUCUCCGAAGGAUCUGGGAGUGUUCUGUUUGGCAUGGUCCAUUCCCUCAACUGAUCGACAUGCCGAUCACUGGCUUCCUCACAUCUAUUCGGCAUCUCCCGGUCGCCUCGAGGAGGAUCGAGAUGGUCUACGCGGCACAUUCACCGGGUUGAGCACUAGGGGAAUCUUUCCAGUUGCCAAAGAGGAUGACAAGCAGUUACUACGCGAAGACAUAGGUGCUGAUAAGGAGGGUCACAAAUCGGAUGAUAAAGCAAGCGUCGGUCCUGAUCUCUCCACUCCUGGUGUCCCCGAUGCCCCUGGGGUGCUUCUUUUGUUUCGCUUAUUGGUAUCAACUCUCAUGGCCAAUGCCUCACAGUCUACCAAAGGCUGCAUCAAGACUGCUUUUCUAUCUCUGUCUUGUUUGUACGACUGGACUUGCUCAAGCAUGACACGGCUCAGUCUAGCUUUGGGUGCUAUGUAUGGCCUUCUAGGCUUAUUGGUAUGGUUCUUUGUUAAAGACGCGGGUCUCGACGUUUUGGACACAGUUCAAGGCCAAUCGAGUUCUUUGGAUUCGAGCGAAAUGGCUACUAUGAACCUCACGAUGGCGAACCAAGAUGCGGGAGCCAUUUUGGACGAUAGUGUCUUCAAGCCAGAUCACCUUAGCUCUAGGGUAUCAGACGCUAUUGUUGGUACAGAGAAGGAUACUGGAAGCGAAAGACAAGUGCUAGUUGAUAGUGCGGAGGACAGCGACAAGGAAGACACGGAGACGGACUUUGGUGACACGACCACAUUGAUCAACUUCCGAGACAGGAUCGACUACUGGCUUGGAUGGAGAGGGCCUGUUAAUUAG